AUGAAGAGGAGAGAAGCCUCAGCGGACCUGGAGCUCUCUGAAAAAGAUAAGGAAAAAAGGGCUAAAGUGGACAUCAGGCAGCUGCAGACCCAUUUUCAUCAUGAAGCGUACAAGAGGAAAUUCUUCGAUGCCGAUAUCUGGCGGCAAAUGCAGGCUCAGGAAAAAGCAAUAGAUGAUCUGAAGCAAGAACACAGACAUGUGACAUUAACACUGAGCCAGAUCUAUUCCCCGAGUAACUUGUUGCGGGACAACAGAAAUCGUAUGAAGCUCCGAAGCCUUUUGCAGAUCAGAACGCAGAAUGAUGUCCUGAUCAAAGAAAGAAAAGCCCUGCUAGGUGACCUGGCCAAGCAGGUUGUAGAGCUGGAAAAAAAGAUAGUGAAGCAAAGAGACACAACCUGGAGAGAGUUGGAAGCAAAGAGUCACAAACACCUGCAGAAGAAGAUUGAAUUUCUGGAGAUGCAUCUAAAUCAUGUCACCGUGCGUUACAACAACAUCAUGACCCGGAACAACAGGCUCCGAGAGGAGACGGUGAGCCUGCAAAUCCAGAAAGCCAUCUAUGACAACUCCUACUGGAAGCUGGAAAGAAGGCUGGUUCGGCAGAACAAAUUGCUGAACGAUGCUAUCGAGCAAGCCACCGAGGACUACGAGCAGUGUGUGGGGAGACUGUGGCUGGGAAUUCCCUCUGGACUAACUCCACUCCAUCCAGAUGAGAGCUGGGAAUGGGCACAGCAUCACAGGGGCUUUGCCAGGCCUGGAACUCCUGGCAGUGGCCAGGAAUACAGAGCCUUAUACACCCACAAGGUGAGAGUGCUGCUGUCUGUGUGCAGGAUGGAGGAUCUGGGGCGGAUCUCGGACAUUCGGGACGUGCGCUACAGAGAAACCAUCCAGUACAACAUCAGGCUGCUGGAGAGGAAGUGUGCCCUUCACAAGGAGACCAGGCUGAAAAACUUCUUCCUCAGCAAAUGUACAGAUCACUCUGAAUUGAAGGAACAGGCCAAGCAGAGAGAAGCCUUUGAGGCAGCUGAGAGGGCCAAACAGAGCCAGAAGGAGAGCUAUGAGGUGGCCUACAAGCGUCUGCUGGAGCUGUCGGAUGGAGACAUCGACGAUUUCUUGGAGGACUUCAUUGAAAAGGACAGGAGAUUCUUCAUCCUCUUUGGCUAUGCCAUUAGGCUGAACGUCAGGAAUGAGGGUCUCAGGCAGAGGAUCCAGGCCAUCCAGGUCUGUUCCUGGCUCUUCACGUCUUGUCCCGGAGAGCCAGGAGAUCCCUCCAACCCUGUGGGGCUGCCUGGAGCGGGAAGCGGGGUUAUCCAUCCUGGCCUGGAGGUGUCCCUGCUCCCAGGGCUGUCCCCAGCCUCCGUCUGGCGGCUCAGGCAGGAUUUCAUCCCGUCCAUUCCGGAUGGGGCAGGAUUCCAUCAGUCCCCACCGCAUGUGCCGGUGUUUCCACAGGAUGAUAUGAUGGCCAUCACAACGGAGCGGGAACAAGCCGAGACAACCCGGACUCAAGUCCUGCAGGAGCUGGAGGCAAAAAUAACAGAGACCACCGAGGAAGCCAACAAGUAUGAGAACAAGUGCAAGGAGAGCAGCAAACUCCUGGCACACAUCCAGUCUCGUAUGGAGACCCUCUUGAAGGACAUGGACUGCGACACUACAAAGACAGUGAAGCCUCUUGGGGAGAGCUUGGUGCCAGUUUUUGGUAGGUCAGGGCUGCCCAUCUUCUUGUGCCAUGUGCCUGGGAAGUCCUGUCCACCCCCCACUCACACUUUCUGUGAUUCCACAACCCAGCCUUGGCCCCCUGACCCAAAGGAUGGAAAGCAGUGGAUCCCCCCUCUGCAGGCAGCCAGGGGUGGGUUUGGGCAGGGUCCUGGUGCAGGGACACUGCGAGACUCUGCUCCUUCCCACCCAGGUCCCGUGGAGGACAAGGUGAAGGAGUUCCUGAUGAGGGAGUCCCUGCUGCGCUACACGUCCAUUGAUCGCGCCCAGCGCUCCCAGUCCUUCAUCAGCCCCCUCCAGGGAGCCUCCAGCCUCCUCUGGGUCAUGGACCGGGCCAAGCUCUGCCCGCCCCCCCCAGACCUGGAGACCAGUGACCCUAAAACCGGUGAGCAGGGAGUGGGGAGAUGGGAUUGCUCCCCAAUCCCCCGUGGCUGCCUGGCCAUGCUGCCACAUGUCCUUCCCAGUGCAUCCCCUCCGGCCUGCCCUGCCCCAGCGGGGCUGUGAGACCUGUAAAACUGUGUAUUAUGGGGUGGCCAUUCUCUUGGGCAGAGGAAGAGCCGCUGAGCUGGGAUCAGCUGCGUCAGCUCGCUAUCCAGAAGAGGGAGGAGGAGCUGGCCAGGCCGCCCAGCCCAGGCAAGAGGAGGAGGAGACUCACAUCACCUUCAAAGAGCCCACCAGGGACAGGGAAGAAUUAAAGAAGCAGUUUCAUUCUUGAGCUCCUGCAUCCCGCGCAUCAUUCCAUCUUCCUUCUCUGGAAGGAGCCCAACACCUUUCACAGGCUUCAGAACCUCACCAGGUGAUAUUUUGGCAUGGCUCCACCCACUGCUGACAAAGCACCCGCAGCCAGGGUGGGAUCAGCAGCUCUACCAUGGGGUGACAUCCCUGUCCCCACGGCUGGAGAUGGGGACCACAGUCCCGACCCUGCACCGUGCCUGGCUCGUGGGAUGCAGGGGAUGAGCUCACGGGGUGUUCCCUGCCAAGCUGGCAGAAGCUCACAACUCUCUGCUGCCUGAAGUAAAUCCGAGCUCAGUGCUGGGCUGUGGGACCAGGCGGGACGGGCACAGCCCAGUGUGGAACUGGUUUGGGGCUGGGAGUGGGAGGCAGAGGGACUCGAGGACAAGUGAGGGUGACGUGCAGUAGGUCUGGGGUGCCGGGGCCAGUGGGGUCUGGAAGGAUCUGGGGGCUCCCA